CUGGGCAGCAUGGCCAGACCAUCAGUGAUUAUUUGGCUAAGCAUUGUGGCUUUGGGCAGCGUUAAUGGCAACAUUGACAACAUGUUCGCUGUGCCCGACAAGCCAGUUCCCAUCGACGACUUGGCUGGGAACUACUUCUUAACCGUCUCCAAGCUGAGAUCCUUGGCAGUGGAGUUCUUCGAUCACUACUCCAACUUCACCCUGGCGGAUCUCUAUCCGAAUGAUCACGAGACGCGAUUGCCUUCGGCUGAGGAUGUCAGGUGCCUGGUGGACCUGGCGCUCCUUUCCAAGGACCUCGCAUCCUUCAAGCUCUGGGCACUGAAGAUGAUUGAUUCGUGGGGUCUCUUGCCCUCGGGACUGCUGGUGGGAAACUUCUGGGACCUGGGAAACUUUGAAGAGUGCCUCGGAAUAGAUCACGCAGUGACCACGGGUUACAGUGUCCGGGGAAAGUACUGCUUCUCCAAGUUCGCCCCAGUUUCGAGCUUGUCCUCGCUGGCGACCAUCAAGACCGCCGUCUGCUUUCCCGCCUCCUGCUCCGCCACCCACAUGGACUCCAUGCUGAGGACCCUCUUCCAGAGGAUCCUCGGCCUGGAGAUCAGUGCCGAUGUGCAGAUAGUGGAUGAAGCCACUUGCCAGACAGCGGAGAAGACUCCGUACGACGGACUCACCAUUUUCACCAUAGUUAGCCUGUCCACUUUGGCUGCUCUAGUGGGUCUUUGCACGUUAAUUGACUACCUAACUUGCCAGGAUGAGAAACCCCUGAAUCCAGUGGCAAAAGCUUUUUCGGCCCGUGCAAACUCGAGGGUUCUGUUCCGCCUUGCGAGUCCCAAAUCGAAUCCCAAUGUGAUCGACUGCCUCCAUGGGAUCCGCUGUCUCUCCUUCAUCUACGUGGUCUUCUGCCACGAUUACCUCGUCUUCGCCAAAUCACCCAUCAUAAAUAUGGCCUACGUUUUGACGUGGUUUGAUGGCAUCUUCAAUCAGUUUGUGAGACACGGAAUCUAUGCCGUGGAUACGUUUUUCUUUCUCAGUGGCUUGCUGCUGGUGGUAAUUGCCUUGCGGUCAAUGGAGAAGACCAAGGGAAAACUGAACAUUCCCUUGAUGUACUUGCAUCGUUAUUUGCGACUCACUCCGGUCUUGGCCUUUGCCAUUCUGAUCUACCUGAAGAUCCUGCCACUCGUGGGAAAGGGUCCUCUCAUGGACUCGGCGUCCUUUGACGACUACUCGUCCUGUGCGGACACCUGGUACUGGACACUCUUGUAUGUCCAGAACUACGCCACCAGUCGCAUGUGCCUAAGUCACUCGUGGUACUUGGCCGUCGACAUGCAGCUGUAUAUAUUUGCGCCCUUCCUCCUGAUUUGCCUGUAUAAAUGGGGAAAGAAGGCGGCAGCCGGGAUAUUCAUCCUGAUGCUGCUCUUGGCCAGCUGUCUAUUCAGCACGAUGGUUAUUAAGAACGUUUCAUUCUCGCAAGGUGAGAAAUCGCAGAGAAUACUCUACUAUGCAACAAAUAACAGGGCGUCGCCCUACUUGGUUGGCAUCCUGUUCGGAUACUUCCUGCACAUAAAUCGCGGCAGGGAGUUCAAGCUGAACUGGUUCUCCGUUCUCCUGGGCUGGCUGACCAGCUUGGCCCUGAUCUUCACCUGCGUGUUCGCCGUCUUUGGGCAGAACUCGCUGCCCAUUGUGGAGGAGGCCUUCUACGUGACCCUCACCCGAAUCGCGUGGCCCCUGGCUCUCUGUUGGGUGGUGUUCGCCUGCAUGCAGGGCUACGGAGGUCCUGCCGCAGGACUCCUCUCCUCUCCCCUGUGGCAGCCCCUGUCCAAGCUGUCCUACUCCGCCUACGUACUCCACAUGUUCAUCGAGACCCUCAACGCAGGAAUCGCCCAGACAAGCAUCUACUUCAGCGACUACCAAGUGAUGCUGAGAUUCUGGGCUGAUUUCGGCUUCACUAUGCUGUUGUCCUUCUUGAUGCACAUCCUGGUCGAAGCUCCUUUUGCCGGCUUGGAAAGUCUUUUGCUGCCAACAAAGCGGCCAACCCCCAAAAUUGUGGAGGCUAAAAUGGUUGAUGACAAAGUUGAAGAACUGAAACCAACAGCACCUGAGGAAACUCACGUUGAAGAAUCUCCAGUUGGAAAGUCUCAAGUUGGUGAAUCUCCAGUUGGAGAACCUUCCGUUGGGGAAUCUCUUGUUGGGGAAUCUCCAGUCGGGAAAUCUCUAGUUGGAGAAUCUCCAGUUGGGGAAUCUCCAGUUGGGGAAUCUCCAGUUGGGGCAUCUCUUGUUGGGGAAUCUCUUGUUGGGGAAUCUCCAGUCGGGAAAUCUUCAGUUGGAGAAUCUCCAGUUGGGUAAUCUCCAGUUGGGGAAUCUCCAGUCGGGAAAUCUCUAGUUGGAGAAUCUCCAGUUGGGGAAUAUCCAGUUGGGUAAUCUCCAGUUGGGGAAUCUUCAGUUGAGAAAUCUCCAAUUGAAGAGCUUGAAAAACACACAUCCUCUGAAAAAGUGGUGGAAAUUCACACUCAAAAUAAUAAUGUUUAAAUGCAUGUCCACAUGCCACUACUAAAAAAAAACUUUUUUUUUGUAUGUAUAGUAAACUGAAUAAUAAAAUAUGACUG